ACGAAGGAAUGUUGUGAAAAAAAAAUGGUGGAUUUCGCGGGAGAACUUCUAGAAACGUCGCUCACAAAAAAAGGCCAAUUGCACCAUGAAAGAAGUAAGUAAUGCUACUAAUUAUAUCUAACUGUCAUUUUCUUGGUGUUGUCAUGCUUUUGAAUGUUUGAACUUUGUUAAACAGUGCAUAAGUUUUGCACACAGUGCAUUGUUUUUAUUUUUAUCGAUGACCUUCACGCUCUUGUAUUCAAACAUGGCUGAUGUAAACAAUCGUACGAACGUGUAACCCGCUACGUCAACAGUGUCGGCUGAUUGAUUGGGCCACACUCCUGUGACUCAGCCACUCGUCGGUGAGGCCACGUAGUCUGGAUAUAAAUAGCUGGAGGUAGUCAGAUGUUCAGUUGAAUGUUGGUAGUUGAAGAGUGAUAAUGUACGAGUGAAUACCAUCGGAAAGUAGGUCUUAGACCUUACAGGAAUUAGACAAGGGUCUUAAAGGUUAUUUUGGAUAUUAGUCUCAUAUAGAGCGUCAGUUUUAAGGCAGCCAAAUUUGUGUGCAAUAUUUUUUUUCUUGGAUUAAUCACUCCAAACACCUCAAUGCCUGGAAUAAUGAUCGACGUGGAAUCUCAGUAUUGCCCCUCCCCGAGGCGACCCAACAGCCUGGAGUUGACGAGCUGCUUGACCCUAGAAAUGGACAACGACUUGGAGAAUAACAAUUCCCUAAACAACAACAAUGAAGACAACAGCAGUCCAUUCAAUAGAAAUCACAACUCGUCUCGGAACAAGAAGAAAAGGAGAAAGGCAGCUGAUAUUCCAGAAAAGCAAUUUAAAGACCUUUAUAGACCAACAGGGGAAAUGCUUGGGAAUGGAUCUUAUGCUUCUGUACGAACGUACAAAAACAACCACACCAACAAGGAGUAUGCAGUGAAGAUCAUUGAAAAAGAUAAUGGAAGAUCAAGAAGUAAAGUUUUCAAAGAAAUAGAGAUAUUCCAUUUGUGCCAAGGACAAGAUAACAUCCUACAGCUUUAUGAAUAUUUUGAAGAAUCUGAGCGGUUUUACCUUGUGUUUGACAAAAUGCAAGGAGGUACCCUACUUGCCAACAUUGAACGACGAGGUCACUUAACUGAGAGAGAGGCGAGUUUAGUUAUUCGUGACAUCGCCAGAGCUUUAGAUUUUCUUCAUCGGAAAGGAAUUGCCCAUAGAGAUUUAAAACCAGAAAAUAUUUUAUGUGAAAAAACAGAUGAGGUGGUUCCAAUCCGCAUCUGUGACUUUGACCUCGCAAGUGGAGUACCAGUCAGUAGUAGUCAGAACGACAACUGCACCACCCCGGAGCUACUCACCCCCGUUGGUUCAGCAGAGUACAUGGCACCUGAAGUCGUAGAUGCCUGGGUUGGAGAAUCCUUUAAAUAUGACAAAAAGUGUGACUUGUGGAGUCUUGGAACCAUAUUGUACAUCAUGUUGUGUGGAUAUCCCCCAUUUUAUGGCCAGUGUGGGGAGGAUUGUGGUUGGGAGAAAGGAGAAGCCUGCCAGGAUUGUCAGGACAGUUUGUUCAACAGGAUCCAGGAUGGCAUCUUUGAUUUCCCAGACAAUGAGUGGAGUGAUGUCUCCUUUGAGGCUAAGGAUUUAAUCCGCAAACUCUUGGUAAGGGAUCCAAGGAAGAGACUGUCAGCUGUGGAGGUCCUUCACCACCCUUGGGUCCAGACCCCUCCUGCUCCAACUCCAUUGGCCACACCAAGAGUACUUACAAGAAACAACAGUACGAAAGACUUGGAGUGCUUUGCCAGUGAAGCAAUAUCCAUCAAUCGCAUGAUGCAGCAACACUUGUUUAUAUCGGAGCCAGCCUCUUUCUUCAUUGGCAACCGUGAGGGAGAUUUGCUGGAGGAGUCUGAGGAUUCUGGGGAUGAUUUCUUUAUGCCCUCCCUUAGACUCUCCCCCCCAUGUUCAGGACUUGCUAAACGACGAACCUGUGCAACGAUGCAAAACUUGAACCUAUCAGGCGAACACAGUGACAGUCUUGACUCACUUCCCAGUUCACAUUCCUCCACAUAUGGUCUGAGUGUGUAAACAUCUUCAUCAUUUCCAUUCUAGUAAUUCUUUAAUAGAAAUUAUUCAGGGAUCUUGUGUUUUCAAAUCAUAUAUAGCCAUGUUUAAAAAACAAUUAGAAAAAAGAUAUCCAGUGUCUUUCAAAUCUUGAUAGGAAAAAAAUAUUGAGACAUAUUGUCUUCAUUUGUGAGGGAGGGAUAGAUUAGAAAAGAGAUGGAAGGUUUUUUUUUUGAUAAGGAAGAGUGCUCUAAAAAAUAUUAAGCAAUCAAAGAAAUCAAUUUGUGUGAUUGUGUGUGUUUGUAAGUUUGAAAAGAUGUCUGAAUAUGGAGAGAGAAAUGAAAAAGAAUGAAAAGAGUACUUAAUGGUUGUGAAAAUGAGAUUAGUAUUUUUUCAAAUACAUUUCUGUUCAGAAAUGUUUUCAUUGUUAUAUUUUUUUUAAUGUCCAUGUGUUCGAUUUUAUCUGUUUUCUAUGUUUCCAUUUGUAUUUUUACUGUUAUUUCAUAGGAAUGAUUUUAAAAUGAAUUAACCUUAUAAAUGAUUUCCAAAUCGUAUUUAAGAGGGAUCACUUAGUAUGUUUUGAUAACCUCGAAAAUUGGUUAAUUGUUUUCUCUUUUCCAAAUAUGAACAAAACCAUUUCAUGUUUAUGAUAUCGCUACAAAUUUUCAGCAAUUUUUCUUUUUCGUCAAAAAAUGUGAAACAUGUUUGUAUUUCAUAUUGGUGCCAUUAUAAUAUGUGCAAAGGUAAUUGUAUGUGCUAGAAGCAAGACACAAUACAUGUCUGAGGAGCUAAGGCCUGAAAAAAUUGAAAUCCGUUGUUGUUAUACAAUAUAAUACCUCUUGUUUUUUUGUGAGUGUCGAAGUGCUAAAAAUAGUCAUAGAGGAAUUCCUGGAUGGCAACAGGAUAUUCAUGUGAUAACUCGAUGUACAACUGUGAUGUUUAGAAUUGAAAAAUUGAUAUUCAAGACUGCCUUGUGUAUGAGCUUGUUGUUGCCAAUACUUGUUGAAAAAAAUGUUAAAAACAAACGCAUUUUAUAUCGAGCUUGUUAUUCAGUCAUAAUUGUAAAAGAAAAAAUAAAGUCUGAACACUUGUGUUCUUUUAGAAACCUUAACAGCCAUCCAUAUUCAUUUUAAAAAGAAAGUUGUGUAGUAUGGGGUGGGUGAUGGGGAAAACUGUCAGUUAAGAGAAAUUGACAUCGUCUGAUUUAGUGCUAGAUCAUGGUAUGGGAUUGAAAUGUUACAAUACCAUUGAUUCUGACUGCGUUGGCAUAGUAAGAUCUGUAAUUCACAUAGAUUACAAGUAAGGCCAUGUUCCUUGCAGUCCUUGCAAGUCUUGGAUCUCAAAGAGUGGUUACUGUUAGGAGACUUGCUUGGAAUUGCAAAGCAUGGCGUGUUGACAAACAAUUUUUUGGGAUGCUGAACGGGUUUUAUAUUAUGUAUGGUUUAUCAAGAAAGUGCUACUGUGCCAGAAUUGAAGCCAGUGAUAACAACAUGCUACAUGUGAGAAAAAGUAAUCUGUUAUUGUCAGUUUUUUGCUAUAUUUUUUCAUGAUUUUUAAAAGUGGUUUUUUUUUUGUGUGAAAAAAAUUUCCCAAGGAAAUUUGCUGAUAAAAUUUUGCAAUGCUCAAUAACUAUGUGUUCUGAUUACCAUUCCACACUUGAUUUUAUUUUGAUGUUUAGUUCUGGGAAUAUUACCGAUCAAAAAAUUAAUAUUUUACCAAGAUUCUUUACUUUUCUAUAUUUCUGUUGUCAAAAUUUGGAUCAAAAAAUUAUAGAUGUUUUAAUGACUUUUUAAAGUCGAUUACGAUUAUUUUAUAAAUGUAUGGAGAAGAGUAUUUAAAAAUGAUACUGCUUGUUUAGUAAAGCUUAUGUUUUCAACACUUGGUAAAUGGACCAGAAUUGUUGACAUACUAAAGCUUGUCAGAGUGAACUGUAAAACUCAGUCAUGAUGCAUUUUCAAAAAUAAAGAAAUGAAAUUUUA